CAUUCCAUCGACUUUUGUCAUCAUCUACUUCUCUCUCAACCAAGAAAAUCCCCAAAAAAUACUUCAAAUGUUUUAGCAAUAUAACCCAGCAGGAGAAAAGUCAACACUUCUGAGCUCUUUUAAAGGUUACAGAAACUUAGGAGCAGAGGAAGGGGAGGAGCCAUCGCAGCUUGGCGCUGCCGUUUUCGCCCUGCUUUCUUCAGCAAAUAACCCUUGAAAAAGAGACAGAAUGAGUGGAGCGGGAAAGGUGGUGUGCGUGACAGGAGCAUCAGGAUACAUAGCUUCUUGGUUGAUCAAGAUGUUGCUUCAUCGUGGUUAUACUGUCAAAGCUUCCGUUCGUGACCUCAAUGAUCCAAAAAAGACAGAAUUCUUGAUGGCACUGGAUGGAGCCAAGGAAAGACUCCACUUGUUUCAGGCAAAUUUACUAGAAGAGGGAUCCUUUGAUGUAAUAGUUGAUGGAUGUGAAGGUGUUUUUCAUACUGCAUCUCCACUCCUUCAUCCAGCGAGCGUGACCAAUCCACAGAUAGAGCAAUUGGAUCCUGCACUAAAGGGAACACUGAAUGUGCUGCGAUCUUGUGCUAGAGUUUCAUCUAUCAAAAGAGUGGUUUUAACAUCUUCUAUGAGAGCAGUGACAUCUAAUCGGGAACUGAAGGAUGGUGUUGUAGUUGACGAAAGUUGGUUUGCAGAUCCAACAUACUGUGAGGAGCGCAAGUUGUGGUAUCCACUAUCAAAGAUUUUGGCAGAGAAUGCUGCUUGGGAAUUCUCAAAGGAGCAUGGUAUUGAUAUGGUUGCAAUCAUACCAGGAAUGGUCAUUGGUCCCAUCUUGCAGCCUUAUCCCAGUGUAACUGCAGGAAUGGUCCUGAACCUAGUAAAUGGAGCUGCAUCAUUCUAUACCGCGCGCAUGAGAUGGGUUGAUGUUAGAGAUGUUGCAUAUGCACAUAUUCUAGCCUUUGAAGUCCCUUCUGCCAGUGGAAGAUAUUGUGUAGUUGAGGGAUUUGCACUGUGGACUGAGUUUAUCAAGACUCUGAAUGAAUUGUAUCCUACUCUCCAACUGUCAGAUGAGUGUUCUACUAGUACUCCCAUGGUUGAGCCAAACUACGAAAUAUCAAAUGAGAAAGCGAAGAGUUUGGGGAUUGAGUUCAUUCCUUUCGACGUUUGCCUCAAGGAUACUAUCGAAAGCUUCAAAGAGAAGAACUUGGUUAACUUCUGAACAAAAUUCUUAGAGCAGAUUGAGAUUGGAAAAUAUACAUUUUCCAACUUUUCAUUCUCUUGUGUGAGAGUAAACUCUUAAAACUAUGUGACUGGUGCACUUUUAUUCUAGUUAAUAAUUGUCUGUGGUACUUUUAUUGGACUGAUCGAACUUUUAUUGUAGCAAUAUGAAACCACAGGAGGGCUAUGCCAAGGAAAGCUUAAUCCAAUGGCUAAAGUUACGACUCUUAA